ACAGCUUUCGCAUUUUCAAAGUUCAAACUUUAAACUUCACCCAUCUCUCUCUCGCACUCUCCCUUUCUCCCUCUUGUUCCCUUCCGUAGGCGUUUCAAGAUUUUUACGCCAGAAAAUACGUUGUACGAUUUAAUUCCAAAGAUUUUCAAGUAUCUUGGUACUUUAAGGUGCUGCUUUCGAGGCCUUGAAAAGAGAAUCUUUUUUGUUCUUUUUUUCCCUCGUUCCUCGAAGAAUUUUCGAGGGGUUUUCUUGUUCGGUUUCUCGGUUUCGGUCGGUAUUUGGAGUUUCGAGGGAAAGUGAAGAUCGUUGACGGACGGGCUUUUGGAGUCGCUGGUGAUUGGAGAGGGGAAGUGACUGUUCCCGGUGGCUUUCUGAUUUUGACGUUCAUAGUUUUAGGGUUUAUGAUCGGGUUGUGUUCUUGAGGUUUUCUUUGGAUGUUUGGAAUAAGCUAUUUUCAGGGCGUUUGACGAGCUUGUUUUAUGCCCCGACCGAUUUCAUAUGGUAUCAGUCUCCAUUCUACAAUCUGUCUUUGAUUGAUUGGUUUCGGAGUUUAAUAUUCACAUAGAACACGCUAUGGUAGCAAAAACUCGGCAGAAUGGUACUAACUCUCCAAGUCCAAAACCAGAGGUUGGAGAGAUUGAUACCAGUCCACCUUUUCAGUCUGUUAAGGAUGCAGUCAAUCUAUUCGGUGAAGGAUCUUUAUCUGGGGAAAAACCUGCAAUUAGAAAGGCAAAGGCUUAUUCUGCUGAGAGAGUUUUGGCCAAGGAGACACAACUUCACUUAGCCCAGAAAGAGCUAAACAAAUUAAAGGAGCAGCUGAAGAAUGCUGAAACCACUAAAGCUCAAGCCCUAGUGGAGCUUGAAAAGGCUAAAAUAACCGUUGAUGAUCUGACGGAAAAAUUAAAGGCUCUAAGUGAAUCCAGGGAACUAUCCGUAAAGGCGACUGAAGCUGCUAAAAGUCAGGCGCAACAGCUUAAAGAAGAAAAGUAUGGUGACCCUGAUGGAAAUAAUGGUGCCUGGAAAGAAGAUUUGGAAACUGCAGUUAAGAAGUAUGCAUCCGUUAUCACAGAACUUGAUGCUUCUAAGCAGGAACUGAGGAAGAUUCGUCAGGAGUGUGAUUCAUCCUUGGAAGCAAGACUUUCUGCUUUCAAGCUAGCAUCAGAGGCUGAAGAUUCGAUGAAGGCAAACACAGAAAGAGCAGCUGAGCUCUCUAAAGAAAUUUCCGCUGUGCAGGAAUCAAUUGAGCAAAUGAAGCUUGCUACUGUGCAAGCACAGCAAGACCAAGCUAGGAUAUUGGCCGAGAAAGAUGUGCUGAGACAGUCGUAUAGAGCCACCCUUGAAGAUUCACAAAAGAAAUUGCUUGCUUUGAAAAAGGAAUUCAAUCCUGAGCUCAUAAAAAAUCUUGAGGUGCAGCUGAACGAGACAAUGACUGAAAUUGGGGCUCUGCAAAAAGAAAUGGAAAGUAAGAAGACUUCAGACUUAGAUACCGUGAAAAGUGUCACAUUGGAGCUUGAUGAUGCUAAGGGAUCAUUGCAGAAAGUUGCUGAAGAGGAAAUGUCUCUUAGAAGUUUGGUGGAAGCUCUUAAGGUGGAAUUGGAUAAUGUGAAAAGGGAGCAUUCUGAAUUGAAGGAGAAAGAAUCGGAAACUGAAUCAGUUGUGGGGAAUCUUCACGUCAAACUCCGGAAAAGUAAGUCUGAGCUGGAAGCGUGCAUGGCAGAAGAGUCCAAGGUUAGAGGUGCAUCUGACGAAAUGAUCAUGACACUGAAUCAAUUGUCAUCUGAAACUGAAAAUGCACGGAGGGAAGCUGAAGAUAUGAAGGCUAAGGCUGAAGAAGUGAAGAAGGAAGCUGAACUCACCAAAUUUGCAUUAGAAGAUGCAGAGAAUAAGCUUAGAGUAGCGCUGGAAGAAGCAGAAGCAGCAAAAGCAGCCGAGGCAAGUGCUCUUGAUCAGAUUAGGGUCUUAUCUGAGAGGACUAGUGCAGCGCGUGCAUCAACUUCUGAAUCUGGUGCUAAAAUUACAAUUUCAAAGGAGGAGUUUGAAUCGUUGAGUCGAAAAGUUGAGGAGUCUGAUAAAUUAGCAGAAAUGAAAGUAGCUGCUGCCAUGGCACAGGUUGAAGCUGUGAAGGCCAGUGAACAGGAGGCAAUCCAAAGGUUAGAGGCAACUCAGAAGGAGAUUGACGAUAUGAAGGCGGCUGCACAGGAGGCCUUGAAAAAGGCUGAGAUGGCUGAAGCUGCAAAGAGAGUCGUGGAGAAUGAGCUUCGCAAAUGGCGUGAACGGGAGCAGAAGAAAGCGGCAGAAGCUGCAUCGCGUAUAUUGGCUGAAACACAGAUUUCAUCAGAGUCAUCUCCACUCCAUUAUUCGAUUCAAAAGCAUGUUCAACCUCCAAAAGCUGUGGAGGUGCGCAAGUUGGAGAAAGAAAAGGUUUCGAUUUCAAAGAAGGUACUCUUGCCUAAUAUAUCUGGCAUCUUUCACCGGAAAAAGAACCAGGUUGAGGGCGGAUCUCCAUCUUACCUGCCCGGUGAAAACCCAGUGUGAAAUUUGUUACAGUGUGCGGUUCAUGAAUGUGAGAAGCAUAUGGCUUGUGUGUAGUUGAGACCAAUGUGAACAGAUUGUGGUGGUAGUGUUUGAGGAAAAGAAUUGUGAAAUGUCCAUAGUUUUCUGUAAAGGGACCAAGUAGUAUUGUUUAUAUAUCGGUAUUUUGCUGCUGCUAUUGAUCUUUCAUGCAGGUGGGAGGUCUUUCAAUGGACUCUUUGAUGAUGACUACUAAACUUGUUAAGUUUCAACCA